UGGCGGACGAAUUAUGAGGUUCGAUGCCAAGUUGUUAAAUUUCUUUGAUUCCUGAUUUUAUCCGAGGAAAAUGUCUUUUUCUGAUUUAUACGCUAAAUAUAAUUGUACAUAUUGCCAAGAAGAAAUAAAUGGUGUACGCGUACGGUGCUCAGAAUGCAAGGAUUUUGAUAUUUGCUUGCAGUGUUUUGCAUCGGGCGCGGAGAUAGGACCUCAUAAAAAUGAUCAUUCUUAUCAAUUUAUGGAUUCUGGAGCUUUUGGGAUAUUUUUGGGACGCACAAGUUGGUCUGCUAAUGAAGAAGUAAGAUUAUUAGACGCUAUUGAACAAUUUGGAUUCGGCAACUGGGAGGAUAUCUCAAAACACAUUGAAACAAGAACUCCAGAAGAAGCAAAAGAUGAAUACAUAGCGAGAUAUUUGGAUGGAAGUAUAGGAAGGGCAACGUGGGGAAAUGUAGAGAGCACAAGUCGACCAUCUCUGCACUGUCCAGACAAAGACGAGGGACCUCUCAGUCCUGGCACAAUCUCCAGGCUGCCGCCGUUAGCUGUUACUGCGGAUGAAGCUGCUCAGCUAGGCUACAUGUCAAAUAGAGAUGAUUAUGAGAGAGAAUAUGACCAUGAAGCGGAACAGUUAAUAUCCACAUUGUCUUUGAAUGCUGAUGAUGAUGAGCUUGAUGUUGCAUUAAAACUAACUCAAGUAGAUAUUUACACACGAAAAUUGCGAGAAAGAACGAGAAGAAAGAGACUUGUCAGAGAUUUCCAAUUAGUGUCUGUGUUCUUCAAUAAUCAACGGAACAAGUCAAGGACUCUUACAAAACUUGCCAAAGAAAAGAAGGAGUUCGCUGAGCGUCUCCGCUGGACGGCGCAAUUCUACGGGCGCGCGGAGCAGGCGGGCGUGGUGGCAACGCUGUGGCGGGAGCGCGAGCUGCGAGUCCGCCUGUCCGAGCUGCACCGAUACCGGCUAGCUGGCAUCACGCGGCUGGAGGAGUGUGCGCACUACGAACAGCAUGCUGCACAUAGGAAGCACCCACAUGCACCACAGAUCGAUGGCAGCAGUGGGUGCCUGGACACCAAUCAGACAAAAGAAACAACUCCGAACAACACUCAGGGAUCAAGAAAAAGAGAAGGAGAAAACGUCUCAAAUUCCACCAGCCCAAAGUCCACACGGGACGGAAGUACCGGAUGUGGAUGCUUCAAAAAGAGCUCCUGCGGCAGCAGCAGUGUAGGAUGUUCGAAGCAUCUUCUGAGUUCUAAUGAAGUGCAGUUAUGCAACGCGCUGAGCCUAUGCGCGGGUCAGUACGUGACGCUGAAGGGUGUGCUGCUUCGGCGCGCUCCCGCCGCUGACUGCGACGCCGGCGUAGCGGUGCGCCGCUACCUGCGCGCCGCCGGCUGGCUGCGCAACUAGCGAUAGUGUCUCUAGGCCUUCGACCAUUAUGAGUGAGCUAUAUUUGUCUAAAACACAACAAUAGACUGAGAAAUCUAAUAAACAACGAAUCGUCAACCAUUGAAAUGUGCAUCAGAAUAAGUUACAUAAAAGAACACAAUAUUUAUUGUGCUCGAUGCUACGAAUAAU